AAUUCAGACACCGUAUCUAAUCCAUAUCUACAUCCAUGUAUAUUAUACAAUCUAUGUCCAUCUAGUAUAAAUAAAUACACACCUACACUCAUAAAGCUCAAUCUUGUCGUCGAUUUCGAAGAAUAGGUUACGACUUUUCUGGAGACACCCCUUAAUUGCCAUCACACAAAGCAUUUUCAGAUCAGGAAAUUUGAUUAAAAGUAGUAAUGGGAGACCACCUUGUUUUGUGCGUUGACCGACUCAUUACACCUGAAUCCUUGCAAUUACUGCAAGGGGAUGAGGCCCAGGGAUCUUCUGUAGAGGAUUCUUGCACUCACAAUGAUGAUCCGUCCAUGUCUGCCAUCGAUAUUAAGGAGGUAGCGGAAUAUAGUGUAGCUGAAGAAGAAAAACCAUUACUACAGUCAGUGGAAUGUCGCAUUUGCCAGGAGGAAGAUAGAAUGGAAAAUCUGGAGGUCCCAUGUGCUUGUAGUGGCAGCUUGAAGUUUGCUCAUAGGAAAUGCGUUCAGAGGUGGUGCAAUGAGAAAGGAGAUAUAACAUGUGAGAUCUGUCAUCAGCCUUAUCGACCUGGUUAUACUGUUCCACAACCUUCCUCACGCUCUGAAGACACUACCAUUGAUGUCAGUGAUGGUUGGAUGCUCUCUGGUACUCCUCUGGACUUGCAUGACCCUCGACUUUUGGCUAUGGCGGCAGCAGAACGCCAUCUUCUGGAGGCUGAAUAUGAUGAAUAUGCUGAUUCGAAUGCCAGUGGAGCUGCAUUUUGCCGGUCUGCGGCUCUGAUUUUAAUGGCUCUUCUACUCUUGAGACAUGCUCUAGCCAUGAGAAAUGGUGAUGGGGAUGAUGACGCUUCCACUUUUUUCUCUCUUUUUCUGCUACGAGCUGCCGGUUUUCUCCUCUCAUGCUAUAUUAUGGCCUGGGCUAUCAGUAUAUUGCAGCGGCGAAGGCAAAGACAGGAGGCAGCAGCUCGGGCAGCAACUGAAGUUGCCUUUAUGCUACAAGCAGGGCAACACGGGGGCUUGCAGUUCACAAUUGCACCUGGACCUGCUGUAGCACCAGGACCUGCAGUAGUACCUGGACCUGUAGUGACCCCCCAUCAGGAAUCAUCACUUCGAUAAUGUAUGGUGUUCCAUUACUAUGGUAAGUGUCUAGAUGGGCGCAUGACACAGUGAAAUUUGAGUUUGUUGUAUUACUAGUACAACUAGGGGAGAAAGAGAACUGGAAGGCUGUAUUGUUUUCUAUCGAUUGUGUCUUUGCUUGGCUUUGUUUCCAGAAACACUAGAGGCUGAAACUUCCUUCUAUGGUUCUCCCAUAUUUGUACAUAAAUGUAGGGUAUCAGAAUGGCAUCUGGGAAACUUGUGCUAGUAGAGUUGUCUACAUAUAAAUAUUGCUUCAGAAUAUGUGGGGUGUCUUGAGCACCCGUAUGAGGGUGAAAUAGUUAACUCUUGGCUACAUGUAUGUGUAUUUGUGUCAAUUUACUAAUAGAGUAAUUAUUCUGAAUA